GAUGCUAAUAUAAACGGAUACUUUGGAAUUUUCACAAAAGGACUUCGUGUAUUCGUCACAAUGGCAGAUCGGAUCAUGAAUAUCGGAGUUUUCUGGAUCUUAGCGACUGUCGCCUUAUCCGUAGCAGGGCCAACAGAAACAGGUAUUUGUCCAUUCGGAGGCCGUACCUACAGAUUGGGUGAAUCAUGGCACCCCUAUCUGGUACCGACUGGUCUCGAUCCUUGUACAACAUGCACGUGUAUCGAGGAUGAUCAUGUUACCUGCACACGGGAGGAGUGCCCCAGACCCACCUGCUCCUCGCCCAGGAGGAUACCGGGGCAAUGCUGUUUAGUGUGUCCAGAUGGUGAUAUGGUUACAGAGGCACCCCUCGUCGCCCCUGUGGUGGAGGAACCAAGUUACCCUGGGUGCGAGUACAAGGGUAAAGCUCUUCAUCAUGGAGAUCUGUUUAGCGUGGAUGAUAUCUUCACGUCGAGGAGGGAGGACCAAUGUGCGCAGUGUGGAUGCACGCUUGGGAGAAUUUACUGUGCAUUGAAGACGUGUCUACCGCUAUCGUGCCCAGAGCUUGAGCAGCUUAUCUUUCCUGAUUCGUGUUGCCCAGUAUGUGUAUAUGAAGAUGGAACAACGCAAACCCAAGAGAUCUUAGAACCUGACCCGGAAUCAAAUGGUCUUCACCGGGCGAUCAACCCGAACUUCCUCCUGCAGACCAACAACGUUCCUCUCAUCAAUAACUUCCCAUCAAUCCCUAUCACUGGCCUUGAUAUAACGAGUGGUAACCCAGAGGACUCCACCAGCCAACAAGUUUGUGAAUCGAACGGGAAGACCUAUCAAAACGGCCAGACGUGGCAUCCUAUAUUAUUUCCUUUUGGUCGAGUUGAUUGCAUCUUAUGCCGCUGUCAAGACGGACAAACAAGUUGUAGUCGAAUGGCAUGCCCAUCAGAUGAUGAGUUACCAUGCAGAAACCCCCAAUACGUCUCGAAGCAGUGCUGUAAAGUGUGCCCAGAUACGUCACAGGUGGAGCCGACGCCCCUCCCACCACUAUGCUUGAGAGGUAGAGAGACCAUCCUCCUCUACCGAUACCAACCAGAGCUGGUCCCGGGUACUGACCACACCCAAACAUUCACGUACGCCCUGGAGAACGUAGUUACCAGUCAGGUGGAAAUUAGACAAUGGACGUUUAGUGAAGGUCAAAUCAGCAAUUUUGUGAUUGAAGAAGUUUCUUCAGAAAGAUUCCAGAGGGCGCAUGCCGAAAAUAGAGAUGGGCGAUUUCAACUCCACGGAGCAACCACAUUACGAAAAGUUCAGAAAUUAAGAAAGAAAGAAGCGAGGUUGGAGAGGCGCUGCGCAGUCCGAUGUGUGAAACAGGCUCUCAAGUUACCGCGAAGUCUUUCAGCUCGCGGGGUCGAAAGGUCACACGACUGUGACGUCAGAACAAGAUGGCAAACGAGACCGAGGAGUGAUGAGCAAAGUUUGCGAUAACGCGCAUAAAUUGAGUUUAUUUUGAUAACUGUCAUGUUUGUGAAUGUCUUGUAUUUUUGUAUAAUGCUAUCUAUUUGUAUCAAAGAAUGUUUUAUAUAUCGGUAUCAAAGUUGAAUUUAAAAAAAUGCUGUUUUAUAUCAUGAAAAUACUGAACUUUGAUGGAAAAAGUGAAAGCAUUAAUACUUUCAUCGAUUUAUUUAUAUGAGUUGAAUAUAGAGAUAUUUAAAAAAGAAGUCGGAAAAUUUACAUGACAAACAUUUCUUACUUCGUGACCGAUCAUUGUUCAAUAGGAAGUGAAAGCCAAUCGGAAUCAAGCUAUUGAUUGCAGAUGUUCGAAAACGAAAUCUGAUUGGUUGAUAAAAUUGAUCGCACGCAACUUCGCUAAUCUAUGCCACGAGCAAAGUCCUGAGGAUUUUGACUUUAAAGGCCCACUGCACUACUUGCAGCUACUUGCGCCCUCUAUAUAAC